UGUUGAAAAUGAACUAUACAACUUGUGGGCAGGAAUGAGAGGGGAAACUGGAUGAGAGUGGAGGAAGGGGUAACCUUAUCCAGAAAGAAAUGUUCUCAUUAUCUGACAAUGACACUUUAACCCCACCACACAUCACCUUUAUAAUAAUUAUCUUAAAAUGGAAAAAGAUAAACUGCCCUACUAAAUUAUUCAUUUGGACUGCAGUUGUAAUGGAAUGAACUUACUACCUUAAACCUACCAUUUUACUUACAAAAUAUUGCUUUCUUUACUCAGCAUGUAUGUGAUAGUGGAUACCAUCCAGUUUUUGGGAAAAUGUCUGUACUACUUUUCAGAAGCUUUCAUUUUUAAGAUAAUUCCCCUGAAAAGAAAAGAUGUUGCUGGAGAGAUUGUCCUUAUAACAGGAGGUGGAAGUGGACUUGGGAGAGAAUUGGCCAUCCAUUUUGCCACCUUGGGAUCCAUUGUAGUUCUGUGGGACAUUAAUGAAGAAGGCAAUAUGGAGACGUGUCGACUAGUCAAAGAGAAGGGUGAUGUGAAAGUCUUUGCCUAUACCUGUGACUGUAGCAAAAGGCAAGAAGUCUACAAAGUUGCUGCUCAGGUGAGAGAAGAAGUUGGCGAUGUGACCAUCCUCAUUAACAAUGCCGGCAUUGUCACAGGCAAGCCCUUUCUGGACACACCAGAUGAUAUGAUAGAAAAAUCUUUUGCCGUCAAUGUCAUCUCUCAUUUCUGGACUUGCAAGGCCUUCCUCCCUGCCAUGAUUGAGGCUAACCAUGGUCACUUGGUCUGCAUUUCAAGUGUAGCAGGAAUAAUUGGAAUUAAUGGGUUAACAGAUUAUUCGGCAACUAAAUUUGCAGCCUUUGGUUUUGCUGAAUCACUCUUCUUUGAAUUAAAUCUGAUAAAGAAAACUAACAUUAAAACCACCAUUAUUUGUCCUUAUCUUAUCAAAACUGGAAUGUUUGAUGGUUGUGUAUCCAAGUAUCCUUUCCUGUUACCUAUACUGGAGCAGAAGUAUGUAGCCCAAAAGAUUAUUGAUGCUAUUUUAGAGGAAAAGGUUUACUGCACUUUACCCAAAGUGGCAGAUUUUAUGUUGUAUCUUAAACACUUAAUGGCUCCAAAAAUGACACUUGCCAUGGUUAAAUACCUUGGAGGGGAGACUUUCAUGGCUUCUUUCAAAGGACGAAUGAAACCAAAUACACUUCAGCCUAAAACUGAGGAGAAACACCAAUAGCUCAAGCCUCGAAAGUGGGAAUCAAAUAAAAAGUAUUAAAUGAAAGAUUAUUUGGAAUUCCUCCUAACACUGAAAUCACUGCAGUGUAUAAAGAAUCACUGAAGAAAGGUGCUGGUGGCUCACCCCUGGAAUCCUAGCUACUCAGGAGUCUGAGAUCUGAGGAUCACUGUUCAAAGCCAGCCCAGACAGC